UGUUGAAGGCGUCGAGUCGCAGCUUGCAAGUUUUAGCUCCUGUUAAUUUGAUUGUUGUGAAAUCUAGGCUUGAGGAUUUCAGGUGUAGUUAAAAAAGUUAACGUGUAAUUCGCUGAUACAUAUAGUAUAUCUACUUAUAUAUUGUGAACUACGGAAGCGCCGUUAAACGUUUUAUCUUUUGUUUGGUCGGAGUGGACCUGUUAGCCAGCGUGCUAACUUCCGUAACUGCUAACGUUUGCUACUUUAGUGCUGAUAUGUCUGGCGGAGGUAUCACUCGAGGGCCAGCAGGGAGUAACGACUCUCGGAUAUACGUGGGAAAUCUCCCCCCUGACAUCCGCUCAAGGGACGUUGAAGACCUAUUUUAUAAAUAUGGAGCCAUUCGUGAUAUUGAUCUGAAAAACCGAAGAGGAGGACCACCGUUUGCCUUCGUGCAGUUCGAGGACCCGAGGGAUUCUGAGGAUGCUGUUUACGGGCGUGAUGGUUAUGAUUAUGAUGGCUACCGCUUGCGUGUUGAGUUUCCCAGAAGUGGUAGAGGAGGAGGUGGCGGCGGUGGUGGUGGUGGUGGGGGAAUGGGACCCCCGCGGGCAAGGCAUGGUCCCCCCUCCAGACGCUCCGAGUACAGGGUUGUGGUGUCAGGCCUACCUCCAAGUGGAAGCUGGCAGGACCUGAAGGAUCACAUGCGGGAGGCAGGUGAUGUAUGUUAUGCUGAUGUGUACCGUGAUGGCACCGGAGUGGUGGAGUUUGUACGUAAAGAAGACAUGACCUACGCUGUCCGUAAAUUGGAUAACACCAAGUUUCGCUCUCAUGAGGGAGAGACAGCCUACAUUCGCGUGAAGACGGAUGGUCCUCGCAGCCCCAGCUAUGGUCGUUCCCGCUCUCGUAGCCGCAGCCGCAGUCGCAGUCGCAGCCGCAGCCGGAGCCGGAGCAAGAGUGGGUCACGCAGCUACUCUCCUCGUCGCAGCAAAGGGUCUCCACGCUACUCUCCGCGGCGUUCCCGUUCUCGCUCCCGCACCUAGAUUCAUCUUAACUAAAGCAUCGGUGUGCCUCCGAGCCAGAGAGGAAAUCAUCACUUCACAUAAAUCCUGUAUACUCACCACAGAUCAUCUCACGUGUUACCUGUUUACACUCGCUGUGUGUGUUCACCCACUUUUUUUUUUUGGCUUUUUUUGUAGCAGUUGUCAUUUUUACAGACCAGAUGCGUCUGGUCUAUGUACAUGACCCUAUUUUAUUUUACUCAUUUGUCCUUUUUCCCCUCUCAUCAGCAUUGGUUUUCUGCUAACCAUCCUGACUCCUUCUCUAUUCUUUCCUUCUGCUGAUUGUCCUUGUAUGCUUUAUGUUUUGUUUUGUUUUGUUUGGAAAGAUUUUCCUUUUUUUAGGCAUAUACUACUGUCCUUUGACCUUCUUGUGUGUCUCUCUGUAGAGUUCAGAGGAACAGGAUAGGAUGGGAAGAGAGGAAACAGUUCAUAUUAAGAUAAACAGGAGGAGGAGUCAAAUAUGGCACCAAUGGUAUGAUGGCUGUGCCUUGUCAACUGUGAAAUCUGCAUUAUAAGGCUGUUCAGUUUUUUUUACAUAUAGUACCAAUGUACACCUGCUCAGUCAAUGUUUUUUCUUUGUUUUUAUUAUUUUCUACAUUGUAGAUUAGUACUGAGGCAUCAAAACUAUAAAAGAACACAUGAAAUUACAUAGUAAGCUAAAAAUAAAAGUCUUUAAAGUAGCCACCUGAUUUUUCAGUUUUCCACACUGUUGGCAUUCUCUCAACAAGCUUCAUGAUAUCACCUGCAAAUGUUUUCCAACAGUCUUGAAGGAGUUCCAAUAUGUACAGAGCACUUGUUGGCUGUAUUUCUUCACUUGUGGUCCAUCUCGUCCCAAACCAACUCAAUAGGGCUAAUGUCAGUAAUUGUUGAGGCCAGGUCAUCUGAUGCGGCACUCCAUCUACUCUCCUUCUCGGUGACAUAGCCCUCACAUAGACUUGAGGUGUGCUUAGGGUCAUUGUCCUGUUGAAAAACAAAUAAUGGUCCCACAAGGCACAUGGGCUGGCAUGUUGCUGCAGAAUGCAAUGGCUACUCACAUGACACAUGCAGUAAGCAUCCGUUCACCUUCUCCGUGUCUCAUAAAGACACAGCAGUUGGAACCAAAACAUCUCAAAUUUGGACUCAUCAGACCAAAGUACAGACUUCCACUGGUCUAAUGUCCAUUCUUUGUGUUUCUUGGCCCAAGCAAUUCUCCUUGCUGGUCUGGCUCAGUAGUGGUUUCUUUGCAGCAAUUUGACCAUAAAAGCCAUUUUCAAGCAGUCUCCUCUGAACAGCUGAUGUGGAGAUGUGUCUGCUACUUGAACUCUGAAGCAUUCAUGAAGCCUCUAAUCUGAGGUGCAGUUAACUGGUGAUUUCUGAGGCUGGUAGCUGUAAUGAACUUCUUCUCUGCAGUAGAGGUCACUCUUGGUCUUCCUCUCCUGGGACGGUCCUCAUGAGGAAUGAUUGACCUUCAUGCCUUAAAAUAAUGAUGGACUCUCCUUUUUCUUUACUUAGCGGAGCCCACUGUUGAUUACUGCAGUAGUGAAAUAGGGCAUGUUUACUUUUUACCAACACUACUUCAGCAGUGCACAACUGAUGGGCUCAAACACAUUUAACAGUGCAAAACUUUCCACUACUAAACUUUUGACAAGGCACGUGUGUUGACUGAGAAUUAUUCCAGGUGAAUUCUUAUGAAUGCCAACAGUGUGCAAAGCUGUCAUAAAGGCAAACUGUGGCCAUUUUGAAGAAUCUAACAAGACACUUGAGCUUCUUUUUGUUACUACAUAAUUCUACAUGUGUUCUGUCAUAGUUCUGAUGUCCUCAGCGCUAACGUACAAUGUAGAAAAUGAUGAAAAAAAUCAUUGAAUGAGAAUGUGUGUCCAACUUUUAAAUGGUACUGUACACUUGACAAUGGAGUGCCAUUGUUGAAUGUUUUCAGUUUUAACAAGUUCCGUUUACCACUUUGUAUAUGGGGACCCAAAGCUUGUGUGUGUGCUUUUUUUUUUUUCUUUUCUUUUGCUUUGGCUCAGGGUUUAGUAUCCAAAGUAAACCUUAAGUAAAUCAUUAAUCAUUUUUUUGGGAUUGAUACAUUUUGUCCCUUGUUUUUUUUUUUUUUCCCAAGGUAAACUUCCUUGUAGAGUCCUUCGUUUAAUGACAUUUUUAGUGUCUAGUUUUUUAGGAUUGAUUAUAUUUUUGUUUCUUUAAUAUUUUUAUGAAGGUGUGAUUCUAACUUGCCUCCUUCUCUUUGGUUCUGCUGGUAUUCUGAAGGUCUGGACUGGGCUCAUUGUCUCCCCAUUCCGGAGCUGGAUCAGGAUUCAGGAUCAGAUUAGGAUUAGGCUUCAGGAUGGAUACAUGGAGCAGGAGUGUGGGAACGUUUUUACCGGGAGAGGAUCCCUGUCCACAAAACCACAUCAAACCGGAAAUGUAGUGAAAUUUCAAACCUAAAUUGGCUCUCAAAUAAUCCAAAUAUUUUUUUUUCCAUUUUGUGUGGGACCUCAGAGACACAAUUUGUGACGGCACUGACAAGCCAUUAUUUUUUCAGAUUUUUGUUUUUUUAAGUUAUAAAAAGAAGAGCAAAGCUGGGCUCAAAACCAGGAAGAGGGCUGGGAGGUGCAGGAUGGAUCUACACGCGUAAGGAGAGUGGUAAAUAGUGGGCAACCAUUACCAGUGAAAGCGGGGAGGACUGGGAGGCAAUAAGGGCAUGUGACCUUAAUGUGGUUUGUAUCUUUUUCUUAGGUCAGUCUUUUCCCAAGGAAGAUGAUUUCUGAUUUUUUUAUUUUAAGUAUACUAUCAACUAUCUUAAAGCUUUAUUCUCUUUUAAUAAAACUGUCAAUAA